UUCGCCCCUGUGUGUGCUCAAUAUACAGGUUCUAUACUAUGUAGUUAUCAUAUCUCUUAUUCAUUCAUUAAUUAUAUAUAAUCUACUUUAUUUUAUCAAUAGCACAUUUAUCUGCAAGCAACCAUCCUUGUCUCUGUCAUUGUCGAUGGCUCACCUUCAGAUUUAACAGAGGAGUGAGACGAGACAGGGAAAUACAAAUCAGCAGAUCUUAAUCAAGCAUCAUCUAUGAGCUUCAAUGGAACGGAAUAAAAAAUCUGUAAGAAUGCUGAUAAUCACCUGUCUUUUGAUCAUUUUGGUUCAAGCAUCAACAGAAAAUGACAGUAACUUGAAGAUGUGUGGAACAUGGCGCCAUGGCAAAGCAUCACAAACUCUGAAGUAUGAUUUGAAAACAGGCUGUGAGAAAAUUGAGAUUUCAGCCAGUGAGAGCACACUUUCUAUUCAGGGCAGUAUCACAGCCAAGUGCACACAAUCUUCGUCCAUUAAUCUAGAUUUAAAACCUCUUGAAAAUCAAAGUCAGUUCUGUGUGUUCUGGGAUCCGCUGCUGGACCUGCUGAUAGUGCAGGUGAAUGGACAGAAACACACUCUGUGUCCACCGAAUGGCCUUCAAGGAUCGUGCUGCACUCACUUCUCACCAGAGCAUCAUGAAAAUGCUACUCUGUAUGGUAUUGCGAAUGGCAGCAUCCACGGUGAUAUCAUCACAAAUGAUGUCAUGGGAAAAUAUACAUUUAGAGGAGAUUCAAUCGACUGCAAGAAGAAAUUGUGUGAUGAGGCAAGUAUGAAGCCCAAUGGAGCAAACAUGAUAGAGGAAGCAGUGAUGAAAUCCAACACAACAGGUCAGAUGAAUCUACUUUGUGCUCAGAGCAAAGUCAUUGAGAUGGACGAUGGUUUCACAGGACUCAGUUUCACUCUGCAAGCCCCUCGAAAUGCAAACAGGACACCCAUCGUUUAUCUUCCUUCCUGCCUGAACUCUAAGUCAAGGAGAAAAUCCAAGGUGGUGUGUACUUACUACAAGAACAAGACCUUAUUUCAGGGGGGGUCGUCUGAUGCAGUUCUUCUGGAUGACAUAGUUGGACUCUCAGUGGAGAAUGAGACCAUCAAAAACCUCCCAGAACCUGUCAAAAUCAGGUUUUAUCACUCUACUCUACCAGCUAUCUACUUCAGAAGAUGUGUUUCAUGGGACAAAAGAAAAGAUAUUGAAGUGACUUGGAGAUAUGACGGCUGUACGACUGUUAAAAUCCAUGACAGAGAGACAGAAUGUCACUGUAAUCACCUCGCACACUUUGCCAUCCUUGUGCAAGUGGUACAGAAGGCUACAGUUCGCCAUCUAAAGGCUCUGAUGUUCAUUACUGCUGUGGGCUGUGCCUUGUCCUUAGUCAGCUGUUUGAUUCUCCUCUAUUGGCUUUGUAAAUCCAGAAAAGGGAAAGACCAGUCCUUAUUGGUGCAUCGUGGUCUGGUGGUGGCAACCUUUUUUCUUUGCCUAUGCUUCAGUCUUACCAGUUCACCUGUAAAUACUGGAAAUGAAACCAUUUGUAAGAUAACGGGAGCCCUUCUGGACUAUUCUCUGCUCAGCACCCUCUCCUGGAUGACUGUAGAAAUGUUUCACACAUUCUUUUUAGUUUGCUGUCUAUCAAGCUCAACUCUUCCUCCAUGGGUCUUUUACUUGGCAGGCUUUGGUAUCCCAGCAAUACUAGUUUAUAGAUUACUUUCUGUAGGUGAUAUUUAUGGCUUAAAGAAGAUUAUGCCAAGUGAAGAUGUCACCAGUCUAUAUUUUAUGUGCUGGAUGUUGGAUUCUGACAAGAGCAGAUUGGCUCAUUGCAUCAUUAUUUUCGGCUUAUUGGCAGUUGUGGUGAUCUCUGGUGCAGUCAUGCUUUUCUUUGUGGCUACAAAGAUACAUAACCGACCCGAGUGGAAGAAGAACCGCAUAGCUUUUUUCAGUAUCUGGGGUCUCACUUGUCUGUUUGGCACAACGUGGGGCCUGGGUCUCUUCAGUUUUGUCUCACUCUCAGAGGCCACCCUCUUCCUCUUCUGCAUUAUCAAUUCCUGUCAUGGAGUUUUUCAUAUGCUGCGAUACUAUGCUCUUGAACGAAUGAAGAAGAGAUUAGUUCGGAUGGGGGCAGUAGAGGAUCUGAUGUGUUACAGUGUAGAGAUGAUGAAGUAGUGUUUUAUAAGUAUUAUUGUUUUUAUUUAAAAGUGCAUUUAUAAAAAUAUAAUACAACGACCAAACAAAUAAAUAAGUUUGAUGUACUCUUUGGUCUGCAAUCACUCUGAAGGUCAUAAUAUUGAAGACUUCACAAGUUAUAUGCUGUAUUUCUUUAAUCUUAUUAUUUCUAUGAAUGUAAUAGUUUAACAUUUAUGAAGCAAGUCUUGUCUUUUAGCAAUAUUUUUGUGCAAAUCUGCAGUAUGAAAUUCCUUAAGUUUAAUUGAGACAAUGCUUUUGGAGUUUAAAAUAAUGAAAGAAAAAUUAAUUUUCAAACAUUCAUUUGAAUACAAAUCUGAUCUGAACAUAUGACUUAUACAUGUUUGGAUUGUCUAUUGUAACACCUGUGGCCUAGGCCUACAUUUGCAUUCUGUUGUAUUGUUUAAACAAAUAAUGCAUAUCUGAAUUUUCCACCGACUUUGGAGUGUGCUUGAAAUUAAAUGUUCUAUGUGUGUGUUUCUGAAUCAUUAAUUCAAUCGAUUCAUUCAACAACUUAAUUUAGGCUAGAAAUACCAAUGCUGAGGUUCUUCUUUCGCUCUGUUUGGAACUAUUUCCAUUGGCAGGAUGUAGAUGUAAGCUAUAUCAACUUCAUGUUUAUGGAGCUGUUGAAUAAAAUCAAUAUCUCACUUGCAAUCAUGUUGUUUUAAAUAGUUGUGUGUUAUUUCUUAAGUAAC